ACCCUGUGUCACCUCAUCUUCUCCUCCCUCCCUCCCGUCGCCUCUGCCGCCUGAGCUUUCACCUGUACCCGAAACACUUCACUGCGAGCUGCAACGAGUAGCUGCGCCGCGCGCGUGCACGUCCACCUACGGCGUCUCUCUUCUCCAAUGGCGCUCCGAGCAUCGUUGCCUUCCGCGUUCCACACGGCCCCGGCCGUUACUCACGCUUCUUGUCGGCGGCAGUUCCAACUCCGUGCGAGCGCUGCGGCCGCGGCUAGCAGCCCCGGCGCCGGCGACGGGAAGGUGGUGAUGGGGAAGCAGCCGGCGACGGGCGCGUGGAAGAUCGACUACUCCGGCGAGAAGCCGGCGACGCCGCUGCUCGACACCAUCAACUACCCCGUCCACAUGAAAAACCUCUCCACCACGGACUUGGAGCAGCUGUCCGCGGAGCUCCGUGCGGAGAUCGUGAACACGGUGUCCAAGACCGGCGGCCAUCUCAGCUCAAGCCUUGGGGUGGUGGAGCUGUCGGUGGCGCUGCACCACGUGUUCGACACGCCGGAGGACAAGAUCAUCUGGGACGUCGGCCACCAGUCCUACCCGCACAAGAUCCUCACGGGCCGCCGGUCGCGGAUGCACACCAUGCGGAAGACCUCUGGCCUCGCCGGGUUCCCCAAGCGCGACGAGAGCGCGCACGACGCAUUCGGCGCCGGACACAGCUCCACCAGCAUCUCCGCGGCGCUCGGGAUGGCCGUCGCGCGUGACCUCCAGGGCAAGCAGAACCACGUCAUCUCCGUCAUCGGAGACGGCGCCAUGACCGCCGGGCAGGCUUACGAGGCCAUGAACAACUCCGGCUACCUCGACUCCAACAUGAUAGUGGUUUUGAACGAUAACAAGCAGGUCUCCCUCCCGACGGCCACCCUCGACGGUCCCUCCAAGCCGGUGGGCGCACUCAGCAAGGCUCUCACGAGGCUCCAGUCCAGCACCAAGUUCCGGCGGCUCCGGGAAGCCGCCAAGACCGUCACCAAGCAGAUCGGUGACUCGACCCAUGAGGUGGCAGCCAAAGUGGAUGAGUACGCGCGCGGCAUGAUGAGCGCCCCGGGCUCAUCGCUCUUCGAGGAGCUCGGGCUCUACUAUAUCGGCCCCGUCGACGGCCACAACCUCGAGGACCUCGUCACCAUCUUCGAGAAGGUCAAGUCCAUGCCGGCGUCUGGGCCCGUGCUCAUCCACAUCGUCACGGAGAAGGGGAAGGGGUACCCGCCGGCGGAGGCCGCCGCGGACAAGAUGCACGGCGUCGUCAAGUUUGACCCAAUGACGGGGAAGCAGUUCAAGACGAAGAGCCCGACGCUGUCGUACACUCAGUACUUCGCCGAGUCGCUAAUCCGGGAGGCGGAGGUGGACAAUAAGGUGGUGGCGAUCCACGCGGCCAUGGGCGGCGGCACGGGGCUCAACUACUUCCAGAAGCGGUUCCCGGAGCGGUGCUUCGACGUGGGCAUCGCAGAGCAGCACGCCGUGACCUUCGCGGCGGGGCUCGCCGCCGAGGGGAUGAAGCCGUUCUGCGCCAUCUACUCCUCGUUCCUGCAGCGCGGCUACGACCAGGUGGUGCACGACGUGGACCUGCAGCGGCUGCCGGUGCGCUUCGCCCUCGACAGGGCAGGCCUCGUCGGCGCGGACGGACCCACGCACUGUGGCGCGUUCGACGUCACGUACAUGGCCUGCCUGCCGAACAUGGUGGUCAUGGCGCCCGCCGACGAGGCCGAGCUCAUGCACAUGGUCGCCACCGCCAGCGCCAUCGACGACCGCCCAAGCUGUUUCCGCUUCCCCCGCGGCAACGGCGUGGGCGCCGUGCUGCCUCUCUACAACAGAGGCAUCCCCAUGCAGGUAGGCAAGGGGAGGGUGCUCGUCGGAGGCAACAGGGUGGCGCUGCUUGGAUAUGGCACGAUGGUGCAGGCCUGCCUCAAGGCGGCGGAGCUGCUGAAGGAGCACGGCGUGUUCAUCACCGUCGCCGACGCCCGCUUCUGCAAGCCGCUGGACACGGAGCUCAUCCGUGACCUCGCCGUCGAGCACGAGAUCCUCGUCACCGCCGAGGAGGGCUCCAUCGGAGGCUUCGGUUCCCACGUGGCACACUACCUCAGCCUCAGCGGCCUCCUCGACGGCCCGCUCAAGCUGAGAUCGAUGUUCCUGCCGGACCGGUACAUUGACCACGGCGCCGCGGAAGACCAGAUGGAGGAGGCCGGCCUGACGCCAAGGCAUAUCGCAGCCACGGUGCUGUCCCUGUUGGAUCGGCCACUGGAGGCGCUCCACAUCAAGUGAUUCAAUCAACCAACCAGCAUGUGUUAGUGUUACACACCUACAUCCACAAUAUGCAUCAGCAGAGAAAAUAACGGCAUUGCUGCUGCUGCUCCCUACUCCCUAACAGUUACAUGGAUCUUGGAAGGGUGUUCGACAAUGCUACAAUACUAGGUAGUUGGAGUUGCCAUGACAAUGUCUGUCAGUGUGUAAUUCUUGGCAUGUUCUGAUGCUUCCAAGUGCGAAGCAGAUGAGUUGGAGCGUUUCUUUGAGCCAGAGGAUAAGUACUCCCUCUAAGUUUUUAUAAGAUGUUUAAGGUCACUAAAGUGCUGACAUAGAACAUCUUAUAAAAUUUUACAGAGAGGUAGUAGUACAUAUGCAUGCAUCCAUCCCUUGGGUUUUGUACAGAUGGUUAUUACAAGUAUAUUAAUUAUUCAGACCAUGUAAUGUAAUAGCCUGUCUUUAGUUUAUGGAUGUGACAAUUACAACAAGUUCUUUGAUCUCCUA